CUGCAAGAAAGGAACUCCAGGAGGCUUUGUGCUGCUACACCGCAGAUACCCUCAUCUACAUUGACACAGUGAGAAAAUUCUGUGAGAGGAACCCCAAAUGGAUGCUUGGGAGGGAGACAGAGUUGGAAAUGAUGAGGGACAUCAAAAACAGGGCUGACACUAUUGACCUAGGCAUCAGCCAUGUUACCCAGUCAACGAACAAAGGUAAGGCCUUUUGGGAAUACAUGAAGGAUGUGACCUCGGUGACUGCAGACAGCAGGCGUGCAGAGCUGGAGAAGGAGCUGGCUGGUGUGCUGAAGGACACUCUGAGAGGCCUGCAGAAGCUUGACUGCUUCCUGGAUGCUUUGGAGAAUCUUGCAGUCACCUCACUUCAUGUGUUCAUAGAGGAGAACCAGGUGUUACGUCUUCCAGAAGGAAUCAGUCCUGAACAUGUUCAGAUUGUCAUCACUGCUGCACGGAUAAUCUGCUUUUUUCUCCUCGAGUUUAAAAGCGAUACAAGUGUUUUAUUCCUUCCUAAACUUCAGAAUGUGGAAGUGCUGGCACAUCAGCUGGACAGUUACAUGAAGGUCACCCAGAAAAUCUGUGAGAAGUUAGAGAAAAGCUCCUUCAGUGACUUUUGCCUGGAGAUGAAUGAUGAAUCUCUGGUGGACCUUGAGGUGGAUUUGUCUGAAGAUGACAUACAAAGGAUGCUUCAUCACAUUAAUCAGCUCGAUGAAAUCAGGAUGAACCAGAGCUUCCGUACGGUGUUCUUGUUUCAGGACGAACCGUGUUCUAACUUCAUCGAUAUGUUCAGCGAGCGACGGUCCCGGAUGCUGCAGUUCCUAACAGACCUGGAGGAGAACGCUGUUCAGCUAGACAGGAUGAACACGGGGGCAAAGAUCUCCAGUGUGGCCGGCAGCUCCGUGGGGGCAGUUGGAGGUGUUCUUUCCAUCAUUGGUUUGGCAUUAAUUCCUGUAACAGCUGGAGUGUCUUUAGCGCUGACAAUGACUGGGUUAGGACUGGGAGUUACCAGCGGAGUUAACAGUCUUGUCACCACUGCCACAGAGAUUGGAGUAAACCAUACACAGCAGAAGAAAGCCAGUGAAAGCUUCCAGAACUUCAUGGAGGAUGUGCAGGAUCUGCAGGAUUGUCUGAAGGUCGAGAUCAAAGAGGAAACAAGCCCGAUAGAUAUGGUUGUGGGAAUUGGCAAGAUGAUUUCAAAUACAUCCUCCGCUGUCAAGAUGUUAAAAAGUGAAGAUCUGAUUGCAAGUACUGCCAAAGUGGCAGUGCAGGAAGGAAAAACAUUACGUAACGUGCCCAGGGUGGCAGCAGAUAUCCCAGAUAUCGGACAGGCAGCAGUCAAAGGGCCUCUUGCCCUCUCCAAGUCAGCCAGGGCCGGGUUCAUCGGGCUCAAUGCUCUUUUCCUCGGCAUGGACAUCUUCUUCAUCUGUAAGGACAGCAUCAAUCUGGCCAAAGGCAGCAAAAGUGAAGUCUCUCAGUUCAUUAGAGCCAGAACUGCACUUUGGCGCUCAGAGAUGGACUCAUGGCAGAAGAUCCAUGACUUCCUGUGUGAAGGUCGGCUGACAUUCGAGGAAAACAAAGCUAUCCUGGAGACCCCAUUCUAUCCAGAGAAGGAGAUGAAGAAAGAAAGAAAAAUGGAAAUUAAAUUUGAGGAAGUGGAUGAACAACAAAAAAUGAUAGAGAAAAUGUUUUGUGUAAUACAGUAGUGCUAAGUAAACAGAUAAUUACUGCAUUUGUGUCAACAAUCACAAUGUGACAACUCUGAGACUUUGAUCAGAUAUGAGAUUCAUUGAAACUCUGCUGACAGUUCACCGUUCAGCCUCAAGCAUUAAAGGUUUAGGAUUAAACACAUUUUUCUCAUA